AUGUCGUCGUACAAUAUGGGCGGCCGUCGUAUGCCGCCGAAUGAUCCUUUCCCUCCUGCACAUACAUCACAUCCCGGGCCAACCAACUCAACCCCCGCCUAUGGCCCGCGGCUUCCUCGGCCUCAACUGGCAAGGCCAUCCAACUAUACAACAAGAACGGAUCGGGCAGCGUCUCUAUCGGCUGCGGAAGACUCCCGGUCAAUCUCAGCCUUGCCACCAGUGCCCUAUCAGAUGUCGAAUCAUGCGAAUCGGCUAUCACUGUUACCACGUCCAAGUACUGGUGGCACAGGAUCAUCCCCAUCUCCUGCAUCGACUGUAUCGCCUCACACGCCGGCCUCAUCAAUUCCUUCAUCUCUAUCCGCCUCUGAUCUAACGACCCCUUCGCCAUUUACACCAAGCUAUCAAGCUCCACCCGCCAACCCACCCAAACGAGCACGCAAUGUUCUCCGCAGACGGGCACCAACAAUAGGAAGACAUGUGGAACAAAAUCAAUCUCAGAAGCUUAGUCUGGUUAUUCCAGCAACCGUCCAGCCUGUCGACUCGAGGGAGCCUAGACUACCCAAUCUUUCAGACACCUAUUCUGCGGAGCCUUCAUCAUCAUCUCAAAGUGUGUCAGAUAGGAUGGAGAACAGUGCAGUGGACACUCCAAAGAUCCAGGAGCCAGUAGAACUGGCCAGUCUCCGGACUACUGUUGAUACCCAGAACCUACCUCCGCCUCCUGUCCCUUACUAUCCCUCUGCGAGUACGCCAUCAACUCGCUACUCCGAGUCUCCGGGUAUGUGGAGCCGGGGCUCAACCCCAACCUCGUUAUCAUCUUACUCCCCAGGAAUUAUGCAUUCGUCCAAGAUUACACGCAUGAGACAGCGAAGUCCGUCUCAGACGCGACUGCCAGUGUUCUCGCCACCAUCUGUCCAGGCAAGUCCUCAAAGUGCCCAGGUUGAGCAAGCGGACUCCAAAUCUCAAAGGUCAGGACUUUCAAAGAGAUCACUUGCACUUGGAUCUGCUACGAUUACAAGUGGCAAAGGUCAAUCCAAUGCCAAAUCCACUCCAGGCAAACUUCAAGGCCCUCCGCACAGCCCGCCACCGAGGAAGUCAUCCGUCAACUUUAGUCCACCUAGAGAUGCCCCUUCCAAGAACCCUGACAUAGACAUCGACCAGGCCAGGAAGGAAGUCGAAGAGGCAGAGCGGGAGCUCUUCAAUUCGCAGAGACCAAGAGCUCCAUCCAUCUCCGAGACGAGCGUGCCCAAGGUCCCGAAAACACCACCGCGGCCAAGCCGAGAAGGCACACAUCGGUUGGAUUUGGAAACGUCCCCUGUGAUUCAAAGCAACCUGCCUUAUCUUAGGUCGACUGGUCACAAGCGACGCGAGUCGAUGGAGAGGAACCGGAUUGCCCAACCGCCGUCUGCUGUAGCCUCAACAGACUCAUUGCCAUCGAAAAAUCUGUCUCGAAUUCCCUCCCGAGAGGCUGGAUCUCCAGUGCUGGCUCGAAAGUCACCCAAAACCUUGACCAAAGAGCCACCAAAGGAGAAGGUUGACGCGAAGAAGCCCGCCGCGCAGAAGAAGUUUGGUCUUUUCUCAAAAAAGUCAAAGCCAGAUCUUGAUACUGCCUUUGAUGAUCAAGCUCGACCGACGAGAAAAGGACCAGCUGCAGGAACCGGCCAUGAAGGAUAUGGAAAGUAUUCGCAGCGUGGUAGGAAAUCAAGUGCCAGCAGUGCCAGUGGCGUUAGGACACGAUCAACUAGUACCACACGAAGCACACCCCAUUCGGUCGCAAGCAGCAAAGGCAGUAUGUCAUCUAGUCGCCCGGAUCUCGACCUAGACGAUUUUCUCGCAGCUCGACUCGAGCCUGUUUUCAUCAGCGGUGGAGGCAUGGACGGUGCGACUCUUUCGCGAACUGUGAGUGAACAGAGCAUCAGUAGCAUGAGUGUGACGUCUUCCACUCUGCCUCGCCCAACACCACUCACCUCUUCUACCGUCCAAUCGACCGAGUCAUUGGCAACUUCUACCGGUACUUUUGGUGAUGCAGGCCCUCGCAGCGAGUCGACUACUAGCCUGGAGCCAAUGAGGAGCAGAAGCCCAGAGAAGAACCAGACACCUGCCAGUCGUCAACAACCAAAGUCUCGCAUGCCAGUCCCCAAGGGUAAGAGAACUGGAUUAUAUGCCAAUACAGACGCUACCAGGACCAGCACGUCGCUAUCUAGCAAUACUUCGAGUACGGUUGUCCCGCAGAGAUCGAAAGCCACACCGGCUGCGACUACCAAACAGAAGGAACCCGCAAAGCUUGAACCGCCACAACCGAAGAAAGGGAAAACGUCUCGAUGGAACUUAUUUCAAAGAAGCCGUUCCAAUGAGCCGAGCACCACUGGAGAAUCUGCCCUGGCCCCUCCCUCUCAUACGGCUCAACUUCAUGCUGCAAUUUCUCCGGUACUUAACAGUCGUCCUAUUGCCCACUACGCCCUGGUGGAUGCGGAUUCAGACGAGCUCGACGACAUCCUCAACCAUGUAGAGGACUCGCCACCGACUGAAGAAGAGCCGUAUAUUGUGCCGGUUGAGGUGCCCGCGAGCUUGAACAUCAAGAAGCGACAUCCCUCUAUUUUACUGCCAUCGCCCCCUAGGAUGCACGGCGAGUUUGACAGAGAUAAUCGACCAUCGCCAAGAACUGCUAUGUUCAAUCAGAACAUGAUGGACCCGGAACCUCAGAGCAGCCCACAAGAUCGUCGGCCCAGACGGCUGGCUUCUAUAGGUCGAAUUCCGCAAGUGGUGUCGAGACGCGAUAGGCAGCAUAAACCGGCUAUGCAUUCCUUCUCUCGACCAUUCAGCACCUCUGAAUCGCCGUCGGUGAUGGCGCCGACACCGGAGGGCACAAGCGAAUACCCUGGACUUGGUGGGAUUUCUUUGGCCGACAUUCCAAGCAGCAAGCCUGGAGAUUGGGGCUAUGGUUUCAACCCUGCCUUCAGUGCCCCAGAGGCAGCGAGCGCUUUGGAAUUCCUUGCUGGUCCUUACUCAGCCCACGAACUCAUUCACUUCUCUCCCCACAAGGGCUCUCCUUCGUCUGGCAGCUCCGGCGCUUUGGCAGCUGUCACAGCUGUAGUACCCAAGCCUGGCACUGCACCGACCGAGGAUGAAGUAUGGAACGAGUAUGAUGAUCUCAUCGAUGUCCUCUCACCAGAGGAGCCAAAGUCUGAGGAAACUGUCAAGACCGAAGAAGACGACAGAUUUGAGAUGGCAACAAUGGCCAGCAAGGCGUUGCAGGACGAGCUGAACAAUGACAAUUCCCUUCAGCCGCCACCAUUCUCGCCGGCUGGGGGUUCUAAUCGUGAUAGCGGUGAUUCAGUCCAUCUGCGGCGAUCAAGAAUUGUUUCGGCUCUGCAUUCCUCCAUUGCACCAUCCACACAGGCAUCUUAUAGCAACCUGAUUGCGAGCUAUGGCGACCCCGAGGUCAUGUACAGCCCUGCAAACCCGACACAGCCUUCUUUGGAUCCCGUUCACGAGCAACAGUCAACCUUCCUCCAGUCUCUUGCUGCUACGCCUGCGCCAAAACCCAAACCUUAUGAGUUCAAGGACUUCCCUGGAUGUUCAGAGCGUGAGUGGGAUGCCGUCACUCGCACCAAUAUGCGAUCUGCAUCUCUCAUGACAAGUCGGUGGCUAUCAUUUGGGCGAGUUCUUUUCAGUCCAGCGCACAAUCACGUCAAAUCUGGUACUCAUGGGCGGAUUCUCGUGAUUGAUGGACUGGGCAAUGACGACUGGUCGUUCUACUGCUCUUUAACAUACCCAGAUGCCGAGGUGUACAGCUUGAGUGGCCGACCAGUCUCGACAGCAAUUCCCCAUCCUGCAGCCUGGCAGCCUCCCACAAACCACCACACCGUGUACCACGCUGGACUUCAGAAUCCUCUACCAUUCCCCAAAGAUUAUUUCGCCGUUGCUGUUCUGCGUUUCCCUGCCGCAAGCUCCGAAGCUAUCCAGAACAACAUCCUCCAGGAGUGCCGCCGUGUUCUCCGCUCCGGCGGAUACCUCGAAAUGAGUCUUCUGGACCGGGAUAUGGUCAACAUGGGCGUUCGCACUCGAAAAGCAGUCCGCCGACUAAAAGAAAUGACAUGUCUCGCCAACUCGAGUAUCAGUCUCGCACCAACAAGCGACAGCAUCCAGCGUCUGAUCGGCACUCAGGGCUUCGAUAAUCUCCGUCGGUGCAUGGUUCGCAUCCCCGUCGCAGGGAUGGUCGUCCGAUCCUCCGGUUCCACGACAUCCUCAUCGAACAAAUCUCUUUCCGCAUCGGCCACGACUCAAUCAACUGGAUUCUCGCUCCCUGCGGUCUCCGUCUCCACCGCAGCGACCGGUAGCCAGAGUACACAGACAGCAUCUAAAUCGUCAGUAUCAGACGACAACAUUUCCCUAGGAGACCUCCUCUCCGAUCCCUCCCCCUCAGCCGCCAAUGACGAGUCCAUCGCCAAGAUCGUGGCUCGCGUUGGUCGCUGGUGGUAUACCAAAUGUUACGAAGAGCCCGCUCUCCACGACACCGGUGAUAUCGACCUCAGCAUGUGGAAUGAUCGCAAAGUUCUGCGCGAGUGCCAGAAGCGAGGAACUGGAUUCCGCAUGCUUAUCGCCUAUGCGCAGAAACCGAGUGAGAAGCGACGCACGGCGAGUGUCUAA